UGUUCAAAAUGGAAAAUAUAUUGGGAGAAUCUGAAACUACCCACCUCACCUGCCUUUAUACGUGGCAUUAAAAGACUCUCGACAAUUCAUUGAAAUUUCAAGAUGCAGGAUGAAAGUGCGAGGUUGUUUGUGAAAUUUGAUAUUUCUGAUAUAACAGAAGAGAUGUACGGUGUCCCGAUUGGUCGACUGCUGAGGGUGUAUGCCUUUAUGGCAACGAAAUACCCCUCUCCCCAUUGGCUGAGAGGAGGUGCUUGCAAGAGGGUCUGUUAGUUGAGCCCAAAUCGGGAUUUUAUUCUGAAUAGAACACAAGCAGUAUGAGCACAGAAAUUAACAUCAGUUGAAUUUCUAUGAGGUCUUUACCUGUUUUCCUCAUGGAAAUCGAAGGAGACACCAAUUCCUCGAAUGAGUCCAGUGGCGUGCAAUAUUCUCAAAUUAUGAGUUCUAGUGGUUAUCCUGAAAAUCUAUUCUUUUCCAUGAACGAAAAAUUGGAUCCAUAUUUUCUUGCCAACAAAUUGAAAAGAGAUCUCAUAUUAAGUCCCAGUAAUAACAAUAACAGUGUAGUACAUGAAAAAAUGAAAAGUGACGAACUGGCUAAACAAAUUGUAUUGUACGACAGCUACGGCAAAAAAAUGACUGAGAACCGAAAAGGUGCUGUGGAAUAUUUUACACCGAAAAAUAACAGUGAUAGUAAUGAAGUGAUUCAGUUGAACAAUUUGAGUGGUUUUGGAAAGAAAACGAUAAGUUUUUCAUCAGAACAAGUGCAAUGUAUGUGCGAAGCUUUACACCAAAGAGGCGAUAUAGACAGAUUGGCAACUUUCCUUUGGUCGCUACCACCAUCAUCCCAUCUUAGAACAAACGAGAGUAUAUUGAGAGCAAGAGCUGCAGUGGCUUUCCAUAGAGGUUCUUACCACGAACUGUAUACAAUUCUAGAAUCGCAUUCAUUUCAUCCACGCUGGCAUGCAGACCUUCAAUCAUAUUGGUUCAAAGCUCAUUACAGGGAAGCAGAAAAAGUUAGAGGUAGACCAUUAGGUGCUGUGGAUAAGUAUAGACUGAGGAAGAAAUACCCUCUUCCAAAAACCAUAUGGGACGGAGAAGAAACAGUAUAUUGCUUCAAAGAAAGAAGUCGAAACGCACUGAAAGAAUGUUAUACAAAAAAUCGAUAUCCUACCCCGGAUGAAAAAAGAUCUUUGGCAAAAAAGACCGGUCUCACUCUAACGCAAGUUUCGAAUUGGUUCAAAAAUCGUCGCCAACGAGAUAGGACACCACAACCAAGACCGGAACUGCUUCUGGGAAACAUGUCGCUAGCUCAAGGAAACAUGUCAGCACAUCACCAAAGUGGAAUAGAUAUGGCGGCAUUUCAAGUAGCAUCUAAAUUAUUCGAUCCCUCCUGUGGUGUACCAAAUUGUUACCAAGAUUAUCAAUUACCAUGAAGGUUUUUGAUGAUUAUUCAAAUUUUAUAAUAUAUUAUUAUGUUUAUAUUUGUGUAUUAUGUGAAUAAAUUGUAUAUUUCAA